GGAUCUACUUCUCACCGUGGAAAAAGGAAUGGGGAAAACCUUAACGUGCGAAUGAAUACACCGGAGUUACACGUCGCCUUUAGCAGGUGCACAACGUAGGGAAAUUACUAAUACCAGGAGUGAUGGCAUAACAUAUGGUGUUUACGAUUCUAUCGAUAAACGCCACCACAAACGAGACCUUUGUGCUUUCACUUGAAUAAUGUCACGAGUUGCAAACAGCUGACGUGCUUUCUUCAGACUGACUGCAGUUUCUCUGUUUUGAAGUCAAUUACUGAGUCAACAAAAUGUCUGGUACAUAUGCCCCAGCUCCUGGGGGACCAUUUUCUGCUCUCACACCAAGCAUGUGGCCUCAGGACAUUUUAGCCAAAUACCAUCAGAAAGAUCCUGCUGAACAGCUUGAAAUACAGUUUGAUGAGUUUGGCUUCAGAGUAGAUACUGAGGAUGGAGUCGAGCCCAAGUCCUGGCUGGGCACUGAGGGCUCCCCCCAGCGUGAAGACCCUCAGCAGCGACUGCGCUGGCAAGCCCACCUGGAAUUCACCCACAAUCAUGCAGUAGGUGACCUGACUUGGGAUCUCAUCGAUCCUGUCCUUCCACGCUCAGAGCGUCUUCGAUCCUUGGUGCUUGGUGGCAUACCUCACAGCAUGAGGCCACAGCUAUGGAUGCGUUUGUCUGGAGCACUGCAAAAGAAGAGGACCUCAGAAAUCUCCUACAAAGAAAUAGUCAAGAACGGCUCUAAUGAGGAAACUACAACAUCUAAACAGAUAGAGAAGGACCUGUUACGGACAAUGCCGACCAAUGCCUGUUUUAGUAGUUUGUCCAGUGUUGGAGUGCCAAGACUGAGACGGGUUCUGAGGGGCCUGGCCUGGCUCUACCCAGACAUUGGGUACUGUCAGGGCACCGGCAUGGUAAUUUCCUGCUUGCUGCUCUUUUUUGAGGAGGAGGAUGCACUUUGGAUGAUGUGUGCCCUAAUCGAAGACCUCCUUCCACCAUCCUAUUUUUCCUCCACUUUGUUGGGGGUCCAAACAGACCAGAGAGUUCUGCGCCAGCUUAUUGUUCAGUAUCUGCCAGCUCUUGAUCGCCUUCUCCAGGAGCAUGACAUAGAGUUGUCGCUAAUUACUCUGCACUGGUUCCUGACGUCAUUUGCCAGUGUGGUGGACAUCCGUUUGCUCCUGAGAAUCUGGGAUCUGCUCUUCUAUCAAGGCUCAUUGGUGCUUUUCCAGAUCACACUGGGCAUGCUCAAGAUAAAGGAGGAGGAGCUUGUGUCAUCAGAGAACUCUGCCUCCAUCUUCAACACUCUGUCCGACUUGCCAAGUCAGCUGAGAGAUGGGCCGACAGUUCUUGGGGAGGCAAUGAGGUUAGCAGGGACAUUAUCUCAGGAAACUCUGGAAGCUCACCGACACAAGCAUCUGGCCUACAUCUUGAAUGAACAGGCACAGCUGAGCAAUGGAAGCAACACAACACUCAACACAAGUUUAAACAAGGUGAUGAGGAGACAGUCCCUGCGCAGGAAAUCCACUCUGACCUCUCUGCUGUUUGGGGAAGAUGAGGCAGAUGCCCUGAAAUCCAAAAACAUCAAACAAACAGAGUUGGUAGCUGCUCUACGAGAGGCUAUAUCCCGCACUGCUGAGCACUUCCACUGUCUGGACCCACAUCACUCCAGCACUGACCUGACUCCAGACUACUCCAUGGAAAGCCACCAGCGAGAUCAUGAAAACUUCCUUGUCGUGUCCCGUAACCGACGGAGACGGGCUAAAGCAUUGUUGGACUUUGAGCGUCAUGAUGAUGAUGAGCUUGGCUUUAGAAAGAAUGACAUCAUCACUAUUGUCUCACAGAAGGAUGAGCACUGUUGGGUUGGUGAGCUCAAUGGCCUCAGAGGUUGGUUUCCUGCAAAGUUUGUUGAGAUUCUAGAUGAAAGAAGCAAAGAGUACUCUCUAGCAGGUGAUGACUCUGUGACUGAGGCAGUCACAGACUUGGUGAGGGGCACUUUGUGUCCAGCUCUGAAAGCUAUCUUUCAACACGGCCUUAAGAAGCCAUCCAUACUGGGAGGGCCCUGCCACCCAUGGUUAUUCAUCGAAGAGGCUGCCAGCAGGGAAGUGGAAAGGGACUUCAACUCAGUCUACUCCAGACUUGUGCUGUGUAAAACCUACAGGUUAGAUGAAGAUGGGAAAGUAUUGACCCCAGAAGAGCUGCUAUACAGAGCAGUGCAGUCAGUCAACAUGAGCCAUGACCCGGCGCAUGUUCAGAUGGAUGUAAAGUUCAGGUCUCUGGUCUGCGUUGGCCUUAAUGAGCAGGUGCUGCACCUAUGGUUGGAGGUGUUGUGCUCCAGCAUGCCUGCUGUAGAGAAAUGGUAUCAGCCGUGGUCAUUCCUUCGCAGUCCGGGAUGGGUCCAGAUUAAGUGUGAGCUUCGGGUCCUGUCGAAGUUUGCCUUCAGUCUCUCCCAAGACUGUGAGCUACCUGACAAGAAAGAGGAGAAGGAGCAGAAGCCACUGAAAGAGGGCGUGCAGGAUAUGUUGGUGAAACAUCACCUCUUCAGCUGGGACAUUGAUGGCUGAACACACAGCGGAAAUGGUUGAAAGUUACCCUUGUCUAGGUAUCAAUGUAUAUUUCAGGUCACUGUAGCUGUCUCAACAGCAAAUCAUUACACUAACUUCUGCCAAAUGAGGUGGCAACUCCAGAACCCACCCCCUAUUUGUGUUGAGCACUGGAAAUAACCCAAAUAAUGACUGAAACUGUCAUACAGUGCAACUGAUUUAUACAGGAUGUGGUGACGCAUGAGGACACUUUGGUUGCGUAGUUUGUUUUUGUUUUUUCACAAGUGAAACACUCAUGUGGUAUAGAAUAGUCUGUACUACAGUGUCCCAAGAUGAAGCUUUUCUUCUGUACUCACUACUUUGUCCUUUCAGUUUGUCUUAGUGCAUGAUGUGAACAUGGUCUUUAGUUCAUACACAUUUAGAUGUGAUGACCACAAGAAACAGUGUUUUACCAUAUUCCUAAAAGCCCCCAAACUCUAGAAGAUCCUACAUUUUAAGACCAAAAUGGAGCAUUCCUAAACAGAGCUGUAAAGAUAUGAACUAUUUUUGAGAGGAAUACAGCUUUCCUCAAUAUCUCACAAUCUACAGAAUAUUUCACGUUGAGCUACUCUAAUGUUGCACUUGCCAACUUAAGCCUUCUCAGAUUGUGAUUCAAAACCGUGUGCUACCUGAACAGUGGUAGCCAGUAUGCACUUGUAUGAUAUAAUGUACACAAAGAAGAUACUUUUUGUGUUACAUAAAAGUAUAUACAUAUAUACCUGAUCUAUGCUUUUUUUUUUUGUAAAUGAAUAAAGUGGUCGUUAGUAACUAAAUGUACAUUUGCAAGUUAAAUGAAUACUUUGAGAAUUAUUUGAUACAUUUCAAAACAAUUUUUUAAAAUGGCACAUGCACACAAAAAAGCGUAACUAAUAUUUGGUGAUGUAUUAAGAUUCUAGAACAUUAACUGUUGACUCAAAAACUUAACAGAUUAAAAACCUGAUGCAGGCUGACACCUAGCAGCAGUUGUUUCCCCUUCCUAGCUAGAUUUUAGAUUUCUAUACAAAUGAAAAUUUGUAGAUAUAAGUGCUUGUCUUUGUAUAAAAAAAUAACACAAUGUGUUGAAGUCAAUUUCAGACCAAUAUCUACCCAAAGAAGACAAAGCAGUCAUCUCUAUGCACCUGUAACGGGUGUACCAAAAAUGGACCUGGAAUAUAUUGAAGGAAAAGAAUAGAUAGACCUAUCCUUCUUGUUCAAUUAAUCUAAGCUGGAAAACUGUUAAAAUCUUUCACAAGUACAAACUGUAGAAGCGUCUCGGGUAAAAAAAUAAAUAAAAAAAAAGAGAAAAAUUUAUUUAAAAAGUAGAGUAAACGGUGUUUAUUUAU